GCAAUCAGUCCUCUUUAGUCAUUUCAACUAAUUCCUAGGUCUUCUAAUUCCUCUUUUCUCACUGUUCAGUGGUUGCGGCUGCGCUAGUCCUCUCUCUCUCUCUCCCUGGCUAUGGGUGAGGUCUGCUCAGUCCCUUCUCAUGAUCGUCAAUCGUUAUCACCUUCCUCUUCUUUCCUACACUCUCACACAUUAGUCCCUACUCCACCACCCCGCCUCCUUGCAGCUUAGCUUUUCGUCCCAUGGCCUUUCUCCUUCAGAUUUAUUGAAUUCCGAUUCGGUGGGUUUCGGUCCAUCCCCUUUUUUCCCUUUCUUUUCUUUUUGUUUUGGCUAAAACCUCUCACCUCCUUUCCCAAAUGUCCUCUCGUCUCGAAACCAUCCACAAUUGGACCGUCUCCACCACCACCGCCGCCAAUUCCAUCAAGCGCAAGCUCGACGACUUUCACAGCGACUCUGAUGAUUCCGACGACGACGACUUGUUCUCCCUAGGAAACUCCUUCUUCCCCGCCUUGGCCAGGAUGCGAAAAGACCAUCUUGCCCCUUCCUUCACCUGCCCCCGUCCUCUUCUUCCCUCCCAACCCUCCCGAUCAUCUUCACCCUCGUCCUCGGAAUCAUCAGCUGCCGCCGUUGCCUCCUCCGAUGAAGACGACUCCAGCGGCGGCGGCAGCAGCGCCUCCUCCUCCUCCUCCUCCUUCUUCGCUCCUGGACUCCAGUUCUUUGUACGGAUGCUCUCCGGCGGUAAGACGCUCGUCAUCCACGCCGAUCCUUCCGACUCCGUCAAGUCAGUUCACGAGAAAAUUCAGUCGGUCACCAGAAUUCCUAUCGAGGAGCAGAGGCUAAUUUACCGGGGGAAGCAGCUCCAGUGGGAGCAGUCGCUGUCGGAAUGUGACGUCCAAAACGACACCGGCUUGCAACUAGUCAGCCGCAUGCGCAGCACUAGGCAUCCCAAUGCUUGGCACUGCGUCGACGAUAUGUUAUCCAAAAUCUUACAUCUUUACAAGGGCGACCGGACCCGACCCGUGGGGCCUACCGUGAAAUCGCGCCUUGCCGAAUUCCUCAACGACAUUCCCCAGAAAGAUGAAGACGUAGAAUCAUCCAUCUCUUACCUCCAGAUAUUCCUUUCGUCUUCUGUGCCUGCCGCCCUGGUAAUGCUUUACUUGUCACCUGUAAAGAGUAAUAGAGAUUGUGCUGAUGAUUGCAUUAAGCAUUUCAUCCAGAAUUGCAAGACCUUUUGCAAGGGACAGGUUUACGGGCAUUUGGCUCACUUAGUUUUAGAGUUCUGUAAGUUAUUGGGUAGGGGAGCUGGGAUUGAGGACCCUUUGUACAAUACUUGUCGUAGUUGCUUAGGUUCGAUGGUAGAAUAUGUUGGCUUUGGGGGCAGGGAGACUAAAAUGUCCAAGGAUGGAGGUAUUGCUGUCAUAGAGAUUUUUCCAUUUCUUCGUGAGUUGGCGGGUAGGUUGUCACAGGGCUUAGCAUCGAGUUUAGAGUCAAGCACAGGUGGUGGACCAGCAGUAGGUGAUGUGCUCGAUUUUGUUGCCUUUUCAUUUCCGAUAAGGAAUACAAUUGCAUUUCACUUGGGCAUUAAUAGGCGCCGUGCAGCUGCUGGUGGUGGUGGUAUUGCUGGGCAGUGUAACGUUCCAUAUUAUGCUGAUGAGAUAAAAUCUCUGCGUGUAAUUUUUGAUGAUUUGUUGGGGAAGAUGGACCUAUGCUUAAAGAAAUUGGAGGAGCAUUUGGCAGCUGCUGAGAAAGGGAAGGGAGAGCAUCUUUUACCUGGUUGGUGCCAGUAUCUUACUAUUUUGAAAGAACUGGGUAGCAUAUCAAAAUUGUACAAGGGUGCUGAGGAGAUAUUUUGGACGCAUAUGGGGCAAAGAAAGGUGGCGUUAUGUUAUCUGGUUCUCAAAUUUGCAAAGAGGAGUGAUGAUAAUGAUUGGAUUACUGACCAUAAGGAAGUGACUAACUUUGAGGUGAGGAGGCAUUUAGCAAUGAUGUUACUGCCUGAGGUAAAGGAUGAUUAUGAGGAGCUGCAUGAGAUGCUUAUUGAUAGGUCGCAGUUAUUAUCAGAGUCAUUUGAAUACAUUGCCAAUGCAGCCUCUGACUCAUUGCGUGCUGGCUUAUUUAUGGAGUUCAAGAAUGAGGAAGCUACUGGACCUGGAGUGUUGCGGGAGUGGUUUUUCUUGGUUUGUCAAGAAAUCUUCAAUCCUCAAAAUGCUCUCUUUAAGGCUUGUCCAAAGGAUCGCAGAAGGUUCUUUCCAAAUCCAGCAUCUAAGGUGAACCCUCUGCACCUUGAUUACUAUAAAUUCUGUGGCAGAGUGAUAGCAUUAGCGUUGAUGCACAAAAUACAAGUGGGCAUAGUCUUGGAUCGUGCAUUUGUCCUGCAAUUAGCUGGAAAGGGUGUUUCAUUAGAGGACAUACAGGAUGUAGACCCAUACUUGUACAAUAGCUGCAAGCAGAUACUGGAGAUGGAUCCUGAGGUUGUGGAUCAAGAUGUUCUUGGUCUGACAUUUGUUCAAGAAGUUGAAGAAUUGGGCACCAGGAAGGUUAUUGAGCUUUGUCCCGAUGGGCAAAACAUUGUUGUGAAUAGCAAAAAUAGGAAGAAGUAUGUUGAUUUUCUCAUUGAGCAUCGCUUUGUUACUUCAAUUUCUGAGCCUGUAAGGAAAUUUGGUGAAGGUUUUUCCAACAUUAUGAGUGGCUCAAGCAUUCACAUUCACAAAUCCUUUUUCCAAAGCCUGGAGCCUGAAGAUCUUAACUGGAUGCUACGUGGGAGUGAAAAUGCCAUUUCUGUGGAAGACUGGAUAGCACAUACAGAAUUGAAUGGCUACAAAGAUACUGAUCCUCAGAUAUCCUGGUUCUGGAAGGUAGCACUUGUUUGAUUCCUCUGUGUUAUCUCCAUUUUCUGAUAUUUAGAGAUUGUUGAACAAAUGUCAGCUGAGCAGAAAAAGAUUCUUCUCUUCUUUUGGACCUCAAUAAAACAUUUACCUAUUGAGGGUUUUGGUGGUUUGGCUUCUAAAUUAUACAUUUACAGGACUCUUGAACCUAAUGAUCGCCUGCCUUCCUCUCAUACCUGCUUCUACCGAUUAUGUUUUCCACCAUACCCUUCUAUGCCCAUUAUGCAGGAUCGGCUUUCUCUCAUCACUCAAGAGCAUGUUGGUUGCAGCUUUGGCACGUGGUGAUAACUGGAAAUGCUAGGACUUUGAACUGCACAUAAAGAUCUUUAGCCAGCCUGUACAGAAUAUAGAAAUUCUUCUUUUUGUUCUCAUCUCAAGGUUUGGAACUUUGGAUGGAGGUGUUGUUCCAAUUCUGUCUACUUCCAGAAAGGUUGUAAUUUGGUGGUCUCCUCAUCCAUCAAUUGUUUAUAUUGAUAUAGUAAACAAUAAAUAGUCAAGGCUGAAAGGAUUAAACAUCAACUGAAUUUUUGGUUGGUCCUGUCUGAGCGUUAUUAUCCUUGUUUCUAGGCGUAGAGAUCAAAUCGUAUUGUUUGCUA